UCGGUUUAGUUCAUUUCCGCAGCUGGCGGCGAUGGAAGCCACUGGGAGCCGCGAUAACGAGUGCUUGUGAAAUGAGAUUUUGAAUUGGUUUCGGAAUCAAACCGAAGAUCGCAAAACGCAGAUCGAAAGUCGUGGGGAUCGGGAUUCGUGGAACGCGGAGAGUGUCUACUUUUUAGCAUUGGACAAGUCAAGGAGUGGUUCCUACAACCUUGAACUUGGGCCCUAUUCCCCCCUUUUGCAUCUCAAUUAGCUGUGGGCCAGUCAGUCUGCCAGUCAUUCAGUGAGUGAGUGAGUGAGUGCAUCUCGUAGUGUAUCGGUUAUAAAAAUAAAAACACGACGGAGGCAGCACCCAUCGAAAUAAAAACUAAAAACCGCUGGCGCAGGAAGAGCUCUACUGCCAAUUGGCGCGUUUGCCAAGGAAGAUACUAUACGGAACCCAUUGGGAUUACACAGAUAGUAUAUAGUUUUUUAGAGAGCCAUCGUCAUGGAGAAGAAGGUCUACCAGGACACAACCCGACCUCUGCCCAGGGUUUCCCGGACUCGGUACUACAAUAGACAAGACAAGAGCGAUCUGGGCGAGGACUUUGUGGCGCCCGACGGGGGAUGGGCGUGGCUCGUUUGCGUCGCCGCUGGCGUGUCCAAUCUCUCCAUUUAUCCCUGCCUGCAACAGUUUGGCUUCCUGUUCAGGGAGCGGCUCUCCGAUCUGGGAAUGUCCAGUUCCCAGAUCACGGCGAUCAUCAACACAAAUCCGGCCGUAUCGGCCUGCACGGGUCUGCUGAAUGGACCGAUGUUCAGGAGGUUUACAUUUCGACAGGUGGCAAUGGCGGGAGCACUCCUAAUCUCGACCGGCAUCGCUCUGACCGCCUUCUGCGAAACCUUUCUGGGCUACAUGGUGGCUUACGCCCUUCUUUUUGGCUUCGGAAUGGGGAUCAGUGUGUCGGCCUCCUCGCUGGCGAUCAACACGUACUUCCAGAAGAAGCGCCGCCGGGCGGCGGGUUUCUCGUGGACGAUAACGGGACUGGGCCCGAUCUUCCUGCCCCAUUUGGUCACCUUCCUGCUGACCAUCUACGGGGUGAAGGGCACGACGCUCCUCUUCGCUGCCAUCUCGCUUCACGCUUUUGUUUGUGCGCUGAUCUACCAGCCAGUGCGGUACCACGUGAAACCGGCGGAGGAGCCACCGGAUCAGGAGCAGCAACAGCAGCCGGAGCACCUGUGUGCCCAUUGUGCCUGGCAGCAGAAGCGAGAGCCCGGGGGCAUCUUCUCCAGUCAGUAUCUGUGCCAGGAUGACGAUGUCCAGCGACCAGGCUACGAGAUCUGUGAGCCUGGCACUCCGAUGCUCUCGCGGGCCAACGAUGGUUACUUUGGAUCCCGCAUGUCACUCACCUCGGGUCGCCUUCGCUUCCGUACCAUUUCGAGUUCCAAGGACUUGGAGCAAACCCAGCGAUUGCACUGUCCAAUCAGCGAAGAGCAAAACAGCGAUUCCGAUGAGUUCCUGCGACCGAACAACUUUCGGCGGGAGCGCGUUGAGUCCAAUUUGGAGGCCAAGUUGUGUUGUCGAUGCGCCGAAAAGCGGGAGGAGCACAACAAUAAUCACAGAAGGGAAAGGCUGCAGGAGGAGGAGGAGGAAGUGGAGAUACCUCGGCACGAUCCGCAGAUGAGUUUCCUGGCCAAGGUGGUGGCCUUUUUCGAUCUGGACUUGCUGCGCGAUUUCACCUUCGUGAAUCUGGUUGCCGGACUCACGAUAAUUAACUUUGGGGAACUGAACUUCUCCAUUCUGACACCCUUUAUCCUGGUGGACUUUGGAUUCGACAAUCCACAAAUCACGUUGGCCAUGUCCCUGCUGGCGGGAUUGGACAUAACUAUGCGCUUCUUUGUGCCCUUCCUCACCGAGAAGAUACCGUGGGACAAUCGGGUGUUCUUUCUCAUCGGCGUCGUGGGAAUCGCCUUGGGUCGAACGGUGGUGGCCUGCACGAGAUCCUACAGCAUGAUCCUCGGCAGCUUCGUGUGGAUCGGUCUCUGCAAGGGCGUCCGCACCAUCUUCUGGCCACUGAUCAUCCCAGGUUACGUGCCGCUCAACCGCUUGCCAGGCGCCUCCGGACUCCAACUGCUCAUCUCCGGAUUGUUCACCCUGAUUGGGGGUCCAUUUGUGGGCUUGGUGCGUGAUCGCUAUAACUAUUCAGUCACCCUGCACUGUCUCAAUAUGAUGUCCUUCCUGGCGGCAGCGUCCUGGAGCCUGGAGGCCCUGGUUCGCAGGUAUCUUCGGAAAAGACGAUUAGGGGACAGGCGACGAGAGCCCUCGGAACCUUUAUCCAACUCAAAGACAUAGUAGCACAAUAAGAACCUUUUUUUUUGCUAGUUUUUAAGGAAAUGUUUUGUAAAAUAAAUGUACCAAAAGAACAGCUAUA